AUGCCUGACUCUGACCUGAAUCCUACUCCAGCAGUCACUGGGAAACCAGUGUUUCGUGAUGAAAACGAUUUAAGCAUCUACCUGUUGACCUACAAUGUCGCUCGUCAAAGUCCGGCGGAAGAUUUAACAGAUCUUUUCGAUUUCCAGCGCGUCGGGGCACAUGACAUUUACACAGACACCGUCAGCACUGACUUGGGCCUUCGAAAGGGCGGUAUUGGCAUUCGCCUCUACUACAACAACAUUUCACUGGCUUUUGUCGGAGCUCAUCUGGCUGCCCACGAAGAGCACUAUCAAACAAGACUGAAAAACUACAAGGAGAUUAUUGAUCAGGUGCACUUUAGUCACCGUCCAAAGGAUGGCAUUCUUGACCAAGAUUACGCCUUCUUCCUAGGAGACCUAAAUUUUCGCAUCAAUGACCUCACUUCUCAGCAAGUUUACGAUGCUGUUUUGAUUGCUGAAAGGAAAAAGGACGCAAACAAGUGGAUACCAUUGCUUCAGUAUGACCAGCUUCACGUGGCGCAAAAAUCCAAAGCAGCAUUUCACCAUUUCACGGAAGCAAAUAUUACAUUCCCUCCAACAUAUCGUUUUAUCAUAUCAACUGAUAACUAUGACUGGGAAAAGCGAAAACCAGCUUUUACAGACCGAAUUCUGUACCGCAACACUCUGUCUGACCGUGUGGCCAAGGCUGAUCAAGAACGCGUUGCCCUUCGCGUUCUUCACUACGAGUCCAUUCGCCAGUACUGCGGCAGUGACCAUAAGCCAGUGAGAGCAAUUGCUCACAUCUCUGCCAGUGCCUUUGCUGAGAAGAUCAAGUGGCUUCAAUCUCGGGUUAAACAGCGUAUUUCUAAGCGUGACAGUCCAGGGCUGAGAGCUAAAACGCAUAGGGCGCCAGCCGUUCAGGGCCCGGCACAUGGAGAAGGACGUUCCACUGAUGGUGUUGUGGCUGAUUCCCCAAGCUCCCGUAGCGCUCCUCGCUCUCGCCAUUAUUACCACGAAGAUCCUAGUUUGAGUUUGGCACGACAAAUGACCGUACAGUUUGAGCCAAUUCGUGACUGGACAGUGGAGAGCAAUCACACCAUCUUCUUCCGGGUGAUGGACAAUCGCACCAACCAAACGGUGGGACCGGACUUUCCUGGACUCUUUCAGGUGCUGUCCAACUGGGACUGGAUUGGUUUGUACCGAGAGGAUUUCUACUCGCUGGACAAUUAUGUCACCUUUGCCUACCCUCGAUUUGGAGAGACAGUUGAAGAGGCAGAGGAUGCACUGGCCCUGUUGCACGAUGAAACUGACGAAGAUCAGGUUGAUCAUCUGCAUACGGGAUCGGCCAGCCAGGCAUCAACUCGUCGUGGAUCAGCAGCUUCGCUGCUUUCUUCUCACAGUCAGUCUACCUCUUCUGCUGCUUACUUUAGCUCUAAUGAGCUCGGUGAAGGGCACCCAGCACUUCGUGGUGCCGGCACACCGGAGACGCGCAGUGGCGCUCCGUCGACAAGUGCAAGUCAUGCUGACCUGGAAUCAGUUGAUAUUGAAAGAGUUAAAAGUUUAGAUUUGGGAGAAUCCUCUCACUCAGCACCAAAGCCUAUAGACUACGUUCCGGUAGAAGAAGCAGAAGAGGAUAUGGAGGAACGUAAAGAAGCAAGUCCGGUGUCUUCUGUUUCAGGAUCGGGUGAUUCAACUGACUCUGAUCACUCCACUUCAACGUCUUCCCCAAAAAGUGCAUCCCAAUCUGCUUCAUCUGCAUCAUCAUCGACAACGACAACCACCACUACCACAACCUCUUCGACAUCGUCAAAUACUCCAAACACUGCAAGUGACCAUGAGUUUUCGGCCAUGUUUGACGAGCAAUCAUUCUUAUUCUCAACUGGUCGUUAUGUUUUGAUAUACCGGCGUAAAAAUGGCGAUGUAAUGGGAAUUUCAGAGCCUUUUGAGAUUCGUGCUGAGGUAGAAGGACAGGAGCAGCAGCCACCCGGUGAAAAUGUUUCCGAUUAG